ACCCCUCAUUCAACAAUAUGACAUCCCUCUUGUCUCGAUGACCUUUUCGUGCAUCUCCCUCCUGCCCGCCAUGUACAUUUGGUCUGCGGGAAACUUUCCAGAUAUAGCUUGGUGGCACAAGGACAUGCGCCUGCUGUAUUCAAUCGCACGGACCCUUACUCAAAGAGUAUCAUUCCUCGCGAUACAGGAUUCUCACCAGUACAAUGGCACAUUUAUGCAAACCAAGUCGUGGGAGACAACUGCAGUGUCCAGCCACGGUCGCCACGAACGACACAAAUGCAGACGGGAUCUUCAAGCCUUGGACGAUGGAGCGGUCCUUCCGGGCUUGGCAGAUCAAGGAUCAAGAAACCUUCAAAGAACCGAAGACGAGCGAAGGUACAUUGAGUGGAGCGAUAAGCUGUGCAGGGAGUACAUGCGAACACGUUACCGUGCUCGCUUGGCAGUGCGAGCCGAGGAGAGCUGCUUCAAUGUGUUGUGAUCAGAUAUUUCCGCGAGCGAUAGGGCAUUGCCAAAGGAGAGAGAGCUAGUAAGAUUGAUGCUGAACUUGGCGUGAUGGUUUCAAUGAGCCUGUGAGUGGCGAAGCUCGCUUCUCCUCGCUUGAGUCGGACAAUCGUAGAAAGUGAGGUCGAUGUGGCGACGA